GCCUUGAACAAUAUUUAUGUGAGUACACAGCUCAAUUUGAUUUUUGGCUAUCUUAUAACAGCAACACAAAUAUUUUUCAAAAGCAGUCUUCCGUUUGUUUUUGUCCAAUUUAUUAUUUUGCUGCUCUUCUCGUUUCACUUCCCCACACCCCAGAGUUGAUUUUUUUGAAGCCCACGAUCAGGAGUUUUAGAUUCGCAUAAGUCUUGAAUACCAACCGUUCUUCAUGCUGAUUUCAACCAUAUCAAAAUUAUUUGGCGCAAGUAAAAAUGAAGAUUUAAUAGUUAAGAUUUUAGAUAUUUUUAAAUGUUAAUAUCAACCACAUAACCGAGUAAUAAACUAAUGAUGUCAAAAUAAAGAUAAUUAAUUUAUCGUACACUUGAUGUACAUGAAUGAAAUGCUUUUUAUACUUUACUACUAGUACUAUUCUGAAUACUUUUCUAUUGUGAUACAACAGAACCUUUCGCCGGAAUUUCAUGCUGGAUAUUUCAUACUGGAACAUACUUAUUUACCAUUUUAGUUUCUCAAUUAAUGAUAAAACAAGAGUUAAUAAUGUGCUUAGGAAUUGUUACUAUUCUCAAUUACGCAUUGAUAUUACACUUAACUUACAUUUUGUUAUUAAACAAUGCAUUAUUGUUUAUACAUGCAUACUUCAUCGUCCAAACUAAAAUUUAGUUAGUACAUUUUCCAAUCGCGAGGCGAAACUCCCCACAGCAAGUGCUGCCGUGCGCGUAUAACAAAAACGCUGCACGAAACUCUUCGUGGUAAAAAACGAAAAGGUUUAUCGGCACCAUUUUGAAUUUCUGUUAGAUUACUGUGGUUUGAAUUACUAUUGCAUCAACAAUGAAAAGAAUGCGUAUUAUAAGCAGCGAUUCCAGCGAUUCCAGCGAUUCCGGCGAUGUACCAGCGCCACCAGCCAAGAGCACCGAACAGAAACUAAAUACUCUGUUGGAACGACUGGAUACGAUUGACAAAACACAAGAAAAAAUCUUAAAUGUUUUAAACCGAUUGACAGAGGAGGUCAUCGUGCUGAAGCGAGAGUUAAUGCGGUCGAAAAAAGCAAGCACCGAAACAAUUGAAAUUGUUCCAAAGGAAGUAAUGUGCAGCCUUUCAGAGUUUCAGGAAUUUGAAGAGAAGCUGCAAAACCACGACCAAUUUAACCAUUUGGUACAAGACCUCAAAAAUAUUGCUGCGAGCAAUGGAGAGCAGUUCGUAAGGAAAUGCUGGAACGCAUUGCUGAGCGAUGAGCUGGCGCUACAGUUCUCAUGGAUGGGAACGGCAGAGAAGAAACCUGUGCGGCAUCUCAUCACCACGGCAGCAAUUAGAAAAGCGUUCCAGCAAAAAUUCAACGAAUCUGUGGAAAUCAUGGAGCGAAUAACCAAAAGAUACUUCCAUUAUGCUGGAGACAGGAUCUCAAAAAGGAUUAAAAGAAAUGUUUCGCAGUCGUCUGCAUAAAUAUACUA